UUAAAUGCAAGUUUGUGUUGGUCGGCGUAAUCUGUUGAAGACUGAUAAAACGGAAUUACGGAAAUUGCACAAAUGUUUGCGAAACAGGUGUUUUUGCUUGCGAUAUGGAUUCGGAAUACCAUAUAAAGAGAUAUUCGAACACUUUCUCGUCAAACUUGACGAGCAUCAAUCGAAACGAACGGGACAAAGUAGUGAUCGAACAUGCAAACAUUAACUAUCGCGGCAUUCAGUGCCGCGGUUUUGCUUGUCGCAAAUUUCGUUGAUUCCGGUAUUGUGAUCGAAGAAGAUCCGGACGAUGGAGUCGAGGGCACGCUCGAUGAUAACGGCAAUGGUUUAUGGGUCGACGAUGACAACAAUAAGGUUACUCGCAAAGUGAGACUUCCGAUUGGAAACGUAGGGAAAUUGGAUUCUGUCGAUUUAGCCGAGCUAAUUUAUAAGAAAGGGUUUAGGGCGCGAAGUAUGCGCAUCAGGAAUACUAAAGGAAGAGCCGAAAACCUGACGGAGAGUUACAUAGUGGGCGCCAUCGACGAUCUGAUCAGCGGAAUCAGAUCGGUUUGGAAGGAAUUACAUUCGUGCAAAGCGGAGACAAGAUACCUUCGAUAUUUGAUCAACAGCUGCGCAGCCUGCAGUGACAACGAAGAAAGCGAUGCGCCGGUGAUACUUACAUGCGAAUACAAAUCGCCCUGUCUGCCGGGACACUAUUGUCGCAAUACGCCGCAGGGGCCAAAGUGCGGACGUUGCUCGGCCGGGUACAUCGGCGACGGGUACCGUUGCGUCCAAUCGAGUACUCCAUGUGCGAAGAAUCCUUGUCUGCCAGGCUGCCCCGGUAGUACCUCGUCAUCGUGCGUCACCGUGGACGUGUGUCAGAUCGCUAAGCCUUGCUAUCCCGGGGUAAAAUGCACGAAUCUGUAUCCCGGGUACAGAUGCGAAGCCUGCCCGAAAGGUCUCAACGGAUCCAGCGUGGAAGGAAGCGACCUGGACCACGCGAAGGCCCACAAGCAGGUCUGCCGGGACAUAAACGAGUGCGGCGUCGACAACGGUGGCUGCGGCAAAUUUGUACAAUGCAUCAACACGGUGGGAUCCUACAAGUGCGGCUCGUGUCUACCGGGAUUCCUAGGCAAUAGAACGAGCGGUUGCAAGCCCGACGGCCAACUUUGUCCGGACGAGGUUACAGUUUGUAAAAGCAACGCUACGUGCGCGAACACGGGCACUGGAAGUUACACCUGCAAGUGCCGUGCGGGAUGGGCAGGAGAUGGAUACGAGUGCGGCAUAGACAGCGACAACGACGGCAUACCCGAUGAGAAGCUUUGCUGCUCCGCGCGAGAGUGCAAAGCGGACAACUGUCCUACGGUACCGAACAGUGGCCAAGAGGACGCCGAUGGCGACGGGAUAGGCGACGCUUGCGAUCCAGACGCCGACAACGACGGCAAACCGAAUGCUAAGGAUAACUGCCCGUUGCACCCGAACCCCGGCCAGGAAGACAAGGACGGCGACAAAGUCGGCGAUGUCUGCGACAAUUGUCCCACGGUGAAAAAUCCGAAGCAGGAGGACACGGACAACGACGGGAUCGGCGAUGCUUGCGACGACGACAUCGACAACGACGGCAUACCGAACAAGGUUGACAACUGCCCGUACAAGGUGAACAAAGAUCAAGAGGACGCCGACAAGGACAAGAUCGGCGACGUAUGCGACAAUUGCCCCAACAUUAGCAACCCGGAUCAGUCGGACAAGGACGGCGACGGAGUGGGCGACGUUUGCGACAACGACAACGACAGGGACCAAGAUGGCAUUCAGGACGAUAGAGACAACUGUCCCGACGUACCGAACGCGGAUCAGGUCGACGACGAUCACGACGGCGUAGGAAACGUGUGCGACGACGACAUCGACAACGACGGAGUGCCGAACGACGCGGACAAUUGUCCUUACGUAUACAAUCCAGAUCAACUGCAGACUAUUAGUCCGGAUAGAGGCGACGCUUGCCUGAACGACUUCGACAAAGACAACGUGAUCGAUACGAUCGACAACUGUCCGAACAACAGCAUGAUAUCGAGAACAGACUUCCGAAGGUACGUGACGAUCGCUCUGGAUCCUGUUGGAUCAUCGCAAAACGACCCUGUGUGGGAGGCAACCAACGAGGGAGCUGAGAUGAAACAACUUUUGAACAGCGACCCGGGACUUGCUAUAGGGCCGGACACGUUGAGCAGCGUGGACUUCGACGGCACUUUUUACAUCGACGACAACAGCGACGACGAUUUUGUUGGCUUCGUAUUCUCUUACCAGAGCAAUCAUAAAUUCUACGUGGUAUCUUGGAAGAAAGGUGCUCAGCAGUAUUGGGAGAACAAACCGUUCCCGGCCUACGCCGAUGCCGGAAUCGUUUUGAAGCUUGUCGAUUCGAACACGGGUCCCGGAAUACAUCUCAGAAACAGCCUCUGGCACAAUCAGGACGUGCCGAACCAAACGAAGAUACUCUGGAAGGAUCCGAAUAAAGUCGGCUGGGUGGCGCGCACCACGUACCGAUGGCAGCUGUCUCACAGACCGAAAAUCGGUUUGAUUCGAUUCAAGCUCUAUCAAGGUGCAAAAUUGAUCACCGAUUCCGGAGAGUUGCACGAUUCGACUCUGAAGGGUGGCAAACUCGGGCUUUAUUGCUUCUCUCAAGAGAACAUCAUUUGGUCGGACAUGGAGUACAGAUGCGCCGAAGAAAACUCGCCGGGCAUACAGUGAAACCCGCCGCCUUCGCGUUCGAGAAACAAGUUGCUGUAAACCAUCGAGUGACUCGCGAUCGUAUGAACAGCAACUGGUACUCUUAAACAAGCAGUUUCAUAAAUAAUAUGGUACUACCAACAGUAUUAGACACGUUAACGAAAUUAUAACACAAAGUGAAGCAACGCCUCGCGUUCAAGUUAAAUCAAAAGUACUACUUUAUACAUAAUAAAAGAUUAUUAUCAUCGUUAUAUUGACUCGUCGAGGUGUUUCUUGCUCUUCCAUGAUAAAUAAACAAUAAAACCGUGACUAUUUCCUAUA